AUGCCCCGUCCUCUGGUGUCGUCCUCUUUCCUUACACCACACCCUCCUAUACACAAGCCCCCAUCCUCUGGUGUCGUCCUCUUUCCUUACACCACACCCUCCUAUACACAAGUCCCCGUCCUCUGUUCCCGUCCUCCUUCCUUACAUCACACUCUCCUAUACACAAGCCCCCGUCCUCUGGUGCCGUCCUCUUUCCUUACACCACACCCUCCUAUACACAAGUCCCCGUCCUGUGUUCCCGUCCUCCUUUCUUACAUCAUACUCUCCUACACACAAGCCCCCGUCCUCUGGUGUCGUCCUCUUUCCUUACACCGCAUCCUCCUAUACACAAGACCCCGUCCUCUGGUGCCGUCCUCUUUCCUUACACCACACCCUCCUAUACACAAGCCCCCAUCCUCUGUUCCCGUCCUCUUUCCUUACACCACACCCUCCUAUACACAAGCCCCCAUCCUCUGUUCCCGUCCUCUUUCCUUACACCACACCCUCCUAUACACAAGCCCCCGUCCUCUGUUCCCGUCCUCUUUCCUUACACCACACCCUCCUAUACACAAGCCCCCGUCCUCUGGUGUCGUCCUCUUUCCUUACACCACACCCUCCUAUACACAAGCCCCCGCCCUCUGGUGUCGUCCUCAUUCCUUACACCGCAUCCUCCUAUACACAAGACCCCGUCCUCUGGUGCCGUCCUCUUUCCUUACACCACACCCUCCUAUACACAAGUUCCCGUCCUGUGUUCCCGUCCUCCUUUCUUACAUCACACUCUCCUACACACAGCCCCGUCCUCUGGUGUCGUCCUCUUUCCUUACACCGCACUCUCCUAUACACAAGCCCCCGUCUUCUGGUGCCGUCCUCUUUCCUUACACCACACCCUCCUAUACACAAGCCCCCAUCCUCUUUUCCCGUCCUCUUUCCUUACAUCACACCCUCCUAUACACAAGCCCCCGUCCUCUCUUCCCGUCCUCUUUCCUUACACCAAACCCUCCUAUACACAAGCCCCCAUCCUCUGGUGUCGUCCUCUUUCCUUACAUCACACCCUCCUAUACACAAGUCCCUGUCCUCUGUUCCCGUCCUCUUUCCUUACACCACGCCCUCCUAUACACAAGUCCCCGUCCUCUGAUGUCGUCCUCUUUCCUUACACCACACCCUCCUAUACACAAGCCCCCGUCCUCUGUUCCCAUCCCUUGA